CGUUAGAAUUUGGAAGAAGAGUGACGCCACAGCCUUUAGGGAAGACGACAUUUUACGUGUAUCGCGCGUCCACGGCAUGUUUGAGAGAUUCUGUUCUAAAUCCUUAAAUUUUAUCAUAGAAGUAUCAACUGAUAAAAUCUCACAAAAGAAAAAUCACGUAUUUUAAUAAGCUCUAGUAUGAGUUCCCGUGGCCGUGGAUUUAGUUCUAGAGGAGGCAGUUCUUAUAGGGGUAGAGGAGGUAGUAGUGGAAAUGAAUGGAAUAGUGGAUCUACAGGAGGAAAUAUGUCUAGCAGAGGAGGUUACUCCUCGUCUAGAGGAGGCAGAUUUAAAUAUUCAACCACCAGUUAUGAUUCUCGUUCAAAAUAUAACUCUGGAGGGUCUGAAAGAUAUUCUAGUAGAGGAGGAAGAGGUGAACAUUCAAAUAGCUAUAAAAGACCAAGAGAUUCUUAUUCUGGGAGAGAUGAACAUCGAUCAUCAAGCGAUUCAACUCGAAAAAGGAUGAGAAGCGAUUCGUACCAGGGUGGAGGUAGCGGUAGCGGCUCUCAGAGGUAUUCUUCGUCGUAUGGUGGUUCAUCUACAUCAGCUCCUUAUGACGAUAAUAAGGGAUCAUCGUCUUCGGCCGUGUAUGAGGACAAGAGACAGAGCGAACGUGCCUCGUCAUACCAUCGCUCAGAGGACCGCCAUUCAGCAUCACGGAGCUAUGCACCUCCACCACCCCCUCGAAUUAGUGAAAUGGCACCUCCAACUCAGAGAUAUAAUUCGAGCCGAGGGCGAAUAUCGCAUCAAAGCUCAAACUACAGAGGUCGCAUUUCAACUCGCGGCAGCGGUAGAGGGGGUGGAUUCCAUCGUAUGAGCUCUCGAUCGGACGUCAUCAUGGCUCGCAAGCGUACUCUACACUCGCUCGACUAUCGACGCAAGCUGCUAGGAUCGCGAUCGCGAGACUACAUCCAGCGUGUGCGCAUGACAACAACCAAAUUGCGCAGGAGUAGCGGUACUACUAGGCUAUCCGGAAGUAAAAAGGAGUCAGGAUCAGGAACGAGCAUGAAGGACAAGGAUAGAGAGAUGACCAAAGCUAUUAACGCUGAAUUUUCCGAUGACGAUGAAGAAGAUGAUGAUAACAAAAGUAAUUGGGAUGAUGAUGACAAGCCACAUGAACGUGAUGAUGAUGAAGAAGAAGAAGAGGAAGAGAAAAAGAAAAAAGAUGAAAAAAGAAAGAAAGAAAAACAAGAUCGGGAAAGACAAAAUACCGAAGAUGAAGAAGAGAAAGAGGAUGAAGUGAAAGAUGAAGAUGAUCGGAAACAUGAGGAUGAUGAGGACGAUGGGGAUGAUGAAGAAAGAGAUGAAAAUGAUAAAACAGAUCAUGGUAGAACUACUGGUUCAGAAGAAUUACCCAGUAGAAGAGACGGAAAGAAAUUUAUUAAAUUAACUUGUCCACAUUGUGCUCAUCGUAGUGUUACUUUCAAGGAAUAUUCUCUACAUUUGUAUUCGGGCCGUCAUAGUGCAGCAAUGAGACGAAUUGCAUCACGGCAUAAAGCAACUCUGACCCGUAUGCGUGUUUUACAACGACAAGAACAACGACGUGUUGAGGCCCGAGAUGCUGCGCGUGGUACUUUGCCCUCUCGUACCAUGUUCUGUCCGAUCUGUAAACUUAAUUACCGUUCUCUUAAAGCAAUACAUCAGCUAUCAGAUUCCCAUCGUCAAAUGAAGCGAUUCCUUACGCCAUUUUGCCGUACUUGUCGUAUCCAAUUUCGAUCACCAAUGCUUUUUGAAACUCAUAUGUGUUCUUUGGAUCACAUUAAGAGGAAAAAUGCAUUGAAAGAGAGAAUGAACGCCGGCAAUGGCGAAGCAGAGGCCGAUUCGAGUGGACCUGAAGAGGAUGAUAAGGAAGUUAAUCUCGACAAUUUUAUGACUCUCGAUUCUGUAGGUGAUGUUGAUGCAGAAGAUGAAGAGUCUCCCGAGAAAAAAAAAGAAAAACCAGAAAGUGAGGGCACAAACGACACAGAAAAGAAGCCUAAAAGCAAACAAAUGAUUAAAGUUGGGGCAGAAUACAUAAAACGUGUUGAAGUACAGUUUUGUGAAUUGUGUAAGAUAUAUCUACCACGUAGUGAAAAUAGUGAAAGAGCAAUAGCACUUCAUUGUUCAACCAGAAGUCAUCUUAAACGAUAUGUGCGUGAUAAUGAUGAUAAAGCAUUGCGAAGGCAAGCAGAAAGAAUACAUCUGCAAUCAUCGUCAUCCACUAAUAAUACUUCUACUCCAAACACUGUAAAUACAGAAAAUGUUAAAUCUCCAACUAAUUCUGAACCACCAUCUACAAAUAACACUUUGCCAGUAACCACAACUGAUGGCACUAAUACUACUGAAUUGGGUAAAGCAAUUGAGCAAAAAGGGACUAUUGAAUCAGAGAAAAAUAUGAAAGAUAAUAAAAAUGGACAAGCGGAAGAAGAUGAUGAUGAUGAUUAUCCUGGCGAUAGUGGUGAUAAAUUGUGGGAUGAUGUUGAUAAAGACUUGGGCGAUAUUUUAAGAGAAACAGAAGCAGGAGGUAAAUCUAGCGAUGAUGAGGAUUCUCGUUAUGAUCGUUUUCGUAAUUCAGAUAAGAAACAACAACAUUCUGGCAAAGACAAAGAAAGGGAUAGCGAAAAGAAUGAGAUAGAUGAGAAAGAAAACAUAAAAAAACAAGAGCUGAAAGUAAAAAUUGAAAAAAUAGAUAUGUAAAGUCCAAGAAUUACUAGUACGUUUCAACCAUAUCCUAAUGUGAUUUUAAUUUUUUCUACAAAAAUAUGUGAACUGUAGAAAUACACACAUAUAUACAUACACACACACAUACAUACAUACAUACAUACAUGCAUACAUACAUCGGGAUUUCAUAUGAAAGUUAUUUUUGUAAGAUUAAACAGUUAUUUUCAAUCAAAUUAACAAAGAUCUAUGUACAAUACUAUUUUUUUUUUUUAUAGGUUUGUUGUAAAAAUGUUGUAAAAAUGUGUCAUUCAAAUAAUGUUUAUUUCAUAUCAAGUUACAACUAUAUAACUUCGUUUAGAUUGUUAUUUACCAAAUAUUGGACAUGCUUGAAAUGUACACAUCGAUAUAAACUUCAUAAUGUUCAAUUCCUUUGUAAUUCAAAAAGUCACUAUGUACGCACAUUUAGUGACAUUAAUGUUAGUAAAAACUGUAAAAGAAAUUAUUCAUGUAAGCAUGUUAAGUAUAGUUGUGUAAAAGUAGCGGUUAUUUGUGCAUUACGAAUUGGAUGAAAAUCUGCAGAAAAUAAUUAAAAAAAUUUCAAUUAAUUUUUAAUUGUAAAUGAGCAUAUUAAAAAAUCAAUGAAACUUGUCAUAUAUAGAUAAGUAUAAUAAAUAUUAUAUACAUCUUAAUGUUUUGUUUUCUGUGUUUAUCUUAUAAUUCAAUAAAGUAAGCAAAUUUUCCUACAAUUAUUGGCAUUCAUUAAAUAAGUUUUUGUUUUUAUUAAUUUUAUUAUAUUUGAUUUGUAUAACUUACAUUUAUUACUUUUUCUUGCUUGAUGUAUUAUAUACAGAUAUUUGUAUUUUCAUCGAUCUUCACAAGAUGGCAUAAGAUCAACUCAAGCUACAUCAUUUUUUAAUGUUAUAAGUUGUGAAAAGGCUAUAUUGCACUGAUACGUUAUUUUUACCACUUUAUUAUAAAACAUGGGAAAGAAAAGUACAGUGUAAUAUUUAUAAUAUAAAGUUGUAAAUUUUU